CACACACACACACACCUGUGUGUCAGGUUUCAGUCAGGUGGAGUCUUCACUUCAACCCGAGGCUGUAUUUGGAGGAAUGGUUUGACACGGAUGGAGGAUCCUGCUGACACUAACAACAAGAUCUAGAACACGGUUGCAGAUUUCCCUUCCUGUUCACACGACAGGCGGUCCAGCAACCACACACACCUGUGUGUCAGGUUUCAGUCAGGUGGAGUCCUCACUUGAACCCAGAGGCUAUAAAAUGUUGACUGACGUGAUUUUGGAGGAAGAGUUUGAAACGGAUGGAGAAUCCUGCUGGCACAACCCACAAGACCUUGAACAUGAUCUCCACCUGGCCGCAGAGCUGGGGAAAACCCUGCUCGACAGGAACCAUGAGCUGGAGCAGGCUCUGCAGCAGAUGUACUCCACCAACCAGGAGCAGCUGCAGGAGAUCGAGUACCUCACCAAGCAGGUGGACCUGCUGCGUCAGAUGAACGACCAGCACGCCAAAGUAUAUGAGCAGCUGGACAUGGUCGCCAGGGAUCUGGAGCAGGGCAACAGGAGACUAGUGCAGGACAACCGACUGGCUCAGCAGAAGAUCCACAGUCUAACAGAGACCAUCGAUGGACUUCAGACCCACAUGGAGGACCUGCAGACCCAGGUGGAUGAGCUCAAGGCCGCACAGGAAGAGAGAAAAAAGCGAGAGCUAUCAGAGCAACGACGCAACCUAGGAGCACAGAGUGUGUCCUGCCUCAAAGAGCUGUAUGAUUUACACAGUGACAGGUCAGACACUCUGCAUGUGGACAGACUGUGGUCACCUCAGGGUUUUUUCCAUGACCGAGACAGAUGCCUAAACCCAGAGGAGGAGAAUGCGGCUCUCCAGCACUCCAUCCAGACCCUUCAGGCCCAGUUAGUGGUGGAGCGGAGCCGCAGGGAUACGGCAGAGCGGGAAAGUGAGUUGACAAUCAGGGAGAACAUGAGUCUGGAGCAGCGGCUGUCUCUGCUGUCGGGCUGCUGGGCCCGGCAGAAGGAGCUGGAGGGUGAAGUGGAACAGCUGCGGCUUCUGUGGCGCAGCGACUGUGCCAAGAGAAUACCAGACCAACUUCUGCUGCCAGACACAGUUUUCUUUGCCUCCGAAGAAAAGCCCAGCCCAAUGCAGAGUGACGAAGAGGAGAGGGUGGAGAAUGAUGAGGAGCGGAGAAGAUUCAGUCGACAGAGGUGUAACAGUGACAGCGUUUUGCGAACUGCAAACCCAGACGAGAUCCGCCGCGGUCAUGAGCAGCUGUGUAUAAGGCGAGCGGAGGCGGUGAAACAGAGGGGCAUCUCUCUGCUCAACGAGGUGGACGCACAGUACAGUGCCCUGAAGGUGAAAUAUGAUGAGCUGCUGCUGCGAUGCCAUCAGGCUACAGACGGACUCAGCCAUAAAGCUGUGCAGACAUCCCAUAGUCCCUUUGCAAGCACCCGGACAUGCCGCCGCCUGUCCAGUUCGACCGUGUUGUCUGAUCUGGCGCUGGCUCUGGAAGACGGCCAGCAGCCUGAGUACAAGGCCCUCUUCAAGGAGAUUUUCACCUGCAUCCAAAAGACCAAAGAGGACCUCGGCGAGAACAGACGUGCAGACGGGGACAUUAUUUCUCAUAGCUGUGCCUAGUGAGCGCAUAAUAAUUGAUCCGUCGACGUUUCUUAACACAGGAAAAACACUUUGUGGUGGUUUUGCGUUAGUAAUGUAAAACCACCUCGCACAGUGCAGAUGCAUUAAUCACAGUCGGCGCUUGUGUAAUCCUCUUAUCACCCGUCAUGUGGAAGCACCUAUACUUUAGUUAGUCAGCACUGUUCCUUUAAUUCCGUCCCUGUGGAAAAAAAAAACAAAAAUAAAACCUCAGUGUUAUACAAAGAAGCUGUAUGUGUGAUGCAACAAUGCAUUCCAAAGUACAACAAAUAUCAGAAAGCUAUAGAGGCUAAAGAAAAGUAUUGCACAGGGAGAAAUGUAAGCUUGGAUUAACAUGUACUAACAGAACUACUUGAAUAACUCGAUCUCUGUAUUUACUCUUUGUAUUUAAGUAUUACGCUCAACGGCGACAGUAUCUAGAGUUUAUAUAACGUAAUGUUAACACUUAAUCCUUUGUGGAAACGCGUAGCUGUUACAUGUGACCUAUGCAAACAGAAAUGUUGUAAUAGGAUAAAAAAAAAAUGUGUGUAAUAACUAACGACUCAGGAGUUUAUGAUAAUUGGCUUAACAGUUGGUGUGAGUUGGUUUGUGUACGUUGGUUCAGCAGUUGAAGGUCAUUGGUAUGUAAACAGAAAAAAUGUCGGUAGACACUGGUGUAUUGUUUGCAGCUGUUUGUGCUUUCUGUUCUAUGUGUGUGCACUACUUAGGCUUUACGCCAGUAGUACACUCAACAAUCCUGCACUUUUGUGACUAAAUCACAGGUUUUUUGUUUUAUUUAUUUUUAUGAGGAAAUGUUAUUUAUUUUCUUGAUGGCUUAAUCUUUAGAGUAGAGAUUGAAAUGUACACGGAGGUGCUUUUUGUCUGUGGUUGUAAAUAUUCACUCACACAGGUGAUUGAUAAAGAAAUAACAGAGGUGAAUGGAACGACAGACACGCGUUCACUUGUUAUAAACAAUUCCUUUUGCCUCA